UUAUUAAAGCAUAUCUAUCGUUUAUAGUGCUAUUUUAAUUGCAUAUGUAUGCUGUGGUGCAUCUUAGUUGUGGAUAUUAAAAUAUUUUUGAAUUCAAAUAUAUAAAAAUUAGGAACAUUUUUCACAUAUUCCUUUGUAUACAAUUGGCUUUUAAAAAUGUCUGAUGAAGAAGAAGAAAACUUUUGCUAUUAUGGUAAACCACUAGAUCCUUACGAUGAAGAUGCGUUUCCAAAAAAGAAACCGAUCAGUAUUGAGGAUCAAAUAGCAACAGAUGCUCAAGGUAGACGCAGAUUCCAUGGAGCGUUCACUGGAGGAUUCUCUGCAGGAUUUUACAACACGGUUGGGUCCCUCGAAGGGUGGACUCCAAGUGAUUUUAAAAGUAGCAGACAGGAUAAAGCAAAAAACGUUAUUCAAAAACCGGAAGAUUUUAUGGAUACAGAAGAUUUUGAAAAACACGGGAUUGCACCACAAACUGUAAGAGCUACUAAAGAAUAUUCUACUUCUAAAAAGAGAAGAAAACAAGUAUUUAGUGAUGGUCCUAUACCUGGUACCCCAGUUCUUGAGACCUUAUUGACAAGUGGUAAUGAAACAAUUGGAUAUUUGCUCUUAAGAAAACUCAGUAUUAAAGAAAAGCUUCAAAAUAAAGAUGAAGUUAGUACAAAUGAGAAAGUUUAUGGUUGCGAAAUUCCAGCCGAAUUCGAUAUAUCAAAAAAAAUUGAGAAUAAGUACAAAAUACCUGAUAUCUACAUUGAAAGCCUAGCUAAACCUAAAUCGAAUACGUUUGGAUUAGAUUAUAAAGGUUUAGAUAGAAGUCAUGUAAAUUUGUUCACAACAUCAAAUCUCGUUGUAACGGAUAACAAAAAUAAAAAAUUUUCAAUAGCAGGACAAGCUUUUGGUGUUGGAGCUUUCGAAGAAGAAGAUGAUGAUAUUUAUAUGAAAGAAGAUAUGAGUAAUUACGAUUUUGAAUUAGGUAAAGAAAAACUAAAUAAAUCGGCUCAUAAAGAAGAAGGAAAUUUACAUUUCGGUAUAUUCAAACAAUCAAAAGUCCCUUUGAUUUCUAAAAAGUUAUACCCUCCACCGACCAUACCGCAAAGUUUCACUGGAAAACACAAAGUAAAAAAAUCGAGAUUUGAACCUGUAGAGAUAAAAAUAGAAGAAAAUAUUGAUAGGACACUUAUAAAUCCAGCAAUAAGAGCUGAGUAUUUGGGAGAAGAAACUGUAACUCCUACUCCCUCACAACCAAUAAUCGAAAAAAAACCAACUGAACAAAUAAUAAAACCCUUUGAUGCUUCUUGUCUUAUGACUGAUAGAUUUGUAUCAGCUUCGACAACUGAAAAAUCAGAAAAUAUAAGAGAAACUGAACAUGGAACCGCCGAUAUGAGGAAUGCCGCAAAGAUGAACAUGUUUGGACCUCUUACUAGGAUUACUACCGAUUGGGCUCCAUGUGCUGUUUUAUGCAAGAGGUUUAACGUCAAGGAACCUCUGAUGGAGUUUUCGGAGAAGAAGAAAAAACGUACUAAAAAUUUGAUUUUCGAGAACCAAAAAUAUGUAGAUGAUGAAUUGAAUUUCAAACCAGGUUGUUCUGUUGAUGUAGAUGAAGUUGCUUCUACUUCUCAAGAUAUUGAAGUUAAUGAAGAUAUUGUAAAAACAGAACGACUGUCACCAGUUGAAGAGAAAGAUAAUAGUUUGGACAAAAGUAUAAAUGAUGUCGAGGAAAGUGAUUUAGUCCCCAAAGAUAUUACAGAAAAAAUAGGAAUCGAAGAAAAAGUGGAUUUGUUUAAAGCAGUGUUUUUAAGCAGUAGUGAAUCAGAAGAUGAAGAAGAUGAAAAACCGGAUAAAAAAUUUGAAGAAUAUAAGGAAACUAUCCUUUCGGAUCUGGUACCAAAAAUUAAACCAUUAAAAGAAGGAAUUCUUUCUAAUAUAAAAUUCCAAUCGAACGAUCAAGAAAAACAAGAUCAAAUCAAGACUAAUCAAGAGAAACAAAUUUUAUUUAUACCUCAAAAAGAGAGGAUGAAUCCAGUUGAUACAGAACCAAGAGUGCAGUUGUACGGUCCGCAACUACCUACAGAAAAAGUGGUGAACAAAAAUAUUAAUACAAUUACUGUUAUAGAAAGUGAUGAUGAAUGGGUUGAGAAAGACACUGACGAAAAACGAACGAAACAUAAGAAAAGCAAAAAAAGUAAAAAGAAGCAUAAACAUUCGAAGAAAGAACGGUGACAAACCUUAAAUUUUCAUAACUAAUCUGUGAUACUUUAAAAAAUAUAUAAAGUUUAUUUCAAAUUUUUUAUAUUCAAGUUAGUUCAAGACCAGCAGUGAUAGUGUUUCAGGUGAAAUUCCAAGGAGUAGGCAGAUUGAACCGUUGGAAUCAACCAAAAUCUGAAACAUUGAGAAUUUACAAAAUUCCAAUGUGGUUCAACCCGAGAACUGAAUUUCCUUGUUCAUAAACCUGACCAAAGAUAUAAUUAUGAAUAUAAUUACUUAAAGGCCCCAUUUCUUAUUUUUUUUUUUCUCGUGAUCUCACACUGAUUUUAAAAUUCUUCUCAUGUUACAAUUUAAUUCAGUUCUAACUCUCUAAUACCCUUCAAAAACGUAUUUUUUUGGUCUCCUCCUCUUUGAAUUAUCCCUUUUUGUAAAUGUAUUUCCCGGCAACCUUUUAAUAUGCCCCAACCAUCUUACUCUUCAAGCUUUUAUUGUUAUUCAGAUCCUUCAGUUCUUCUUCAUAGUCCUUUUUUCUUAGUUUAUUUUUACUCCAUAUUUUUUGCAAGCUCUUCUAGUUCACAGAAUGCUCUUUCUAUUUCAAUCUUUGUCUAACACCUGAUUAAAAGAAGCCACAGUGUCGAUAUUUUUAAUCCUUUUUCAUCCCUAAUACAAUUCCAUGACUCAUAAUUCUACAAUGAGGUUUAUCUUGACUAGUAUCACAAUUUUUUUCGGGAUUCCUAGUAGAUUAAAGGCAAUAUACAUUUUAUUUGUAUCUACUGUGUCAUAAGCCUGCUUAAAAUCCAAAAACAUAACAUGAAGGCCAAGAUUUCACUCAUAGCUUUUAUCCACAAUUGUCUUUAGGUAAAUAACUAGUCAGUUGUUCCGUUUCCCCUCUUUAAAUCUUCUUGGUAUUAUUAUACUAUCUUUCUUGGUACUUGUUGAAUCUGUUUCUCACAACUUUAUAUACCACAUCUUCUAUUUCCUUUCCUAAAUCUUCCUCUUUGUCCAUUUAAUACCGUUUCAAAGGAUUAAACCCAUAUUUUACCUUUUCCUUGAUGAUCUGUUAAGAAUAUUCCCUCGUUGUCCUGUAUAUAAGGUUCUUUGUGCUCUUUCUUGAUUUUUUAGCCUUUUGGUAAAAGUUUAUUAUAUCUUAGCUUCUUCUGUAUUUUGUAGUUUAUUCCUUGGGUUUCUUUUCACACUCAUAAUCUUCCAAGUCUUUAAAACUGAAUUACUAAUUGGAUGAUGUGAAAAAAAGAUUUUUCAAAUGUUUUACAUCAUUUAUUUAAUAAAGGACUAAUAACAUAAUUUAACGAUAAAACUAUUUGCUGAAAAUAUAUUAAUUUUAUGACUGUAUUUCCAAUAAAUCUCACUCGUACAAAAAUUCUCUGGGUACCAUGUUCAUUUUUUGAGGACAUUAUCUAUCCAUGUGUUUAAUUUAUCUUCAUCUUGCAAUCCUACCAAUCUUUCUUUAACUUUUCCAUCUUGAAAGAUAACCAAAGCUGGAAUAGUGCUUACCUAACAAGUAAAAUUGAUUUUAACCAAACAAAAAUUUGUGGUAAGUAAAAAACCAACCAAAAAUAUUUUAUUUAACCCUCAAAUUAUGAAUUAAAUUGAAAUUUAGAAAA